AUGGCACGAACCAAACACACAGCACGUAAAUCGUCAGGAGCCAAAGUACCCAGAAAACAACUCUCAGUCAAAACUGCCCGAAAAAGUGCAACUGCUUCCGCUGGACUGAAACGUCCUCGACGAUUCCGCGCCGGAGCUCUGGCAAUGAAGGAAAUCCGCAGAUACCAGAAGAGUACUGACCUUCUAAUAAGAAAACUGCCCUUCCAACGUCUAGUAAGGGAAACAGCUCAGCACUAUAAAACCGACCUCCGAUUCCAGAGUGCAGCUAUUUGUGCAUUACAGGGUGUCUCAUUACUAAGGGGUAUCCAAGAGACAGACAGCCAAUCUGAAUUGAACUCUGAAUGA